UGGAAAAGAAAGGGUGUUAUAAAAACUACUCUCAUCACUACUCAUUAGGGUUUCUGGAUGCUGCUAGUUUCUGUCUGAAAGCUAUUCUCCACCGUAGCCGCAAGCUUCGCCGUUUGAAACAGUGCCUCAACCAUGGCAGAACAAACAGAGAAGGCUUUUCUGAAGCAACCAAAAGUGUUUCUAUGCUCUAAGAAAGGUGGGAAGGGAAAGAGGCCUGGGAAAGGUGGGAAUCGCUUUUGGAAGUCAAUUGGGCUUGGAUUCAAGACUCCCAGAGAUGCCAUUGAAGGAACAUAUAUUGACAAGAAGUGCCCCUUCACUGGCAAUGUUUCCAUUCGGGGUCGUAUCCUAGCCGGUACUUGUCACAGUGCUAAGAUGACAAGGACCAUUAUUGUAAGGAGGAAUUAUCUUCAUUUUAUUAAGAAAUACCAGAGAUAUGAAAAGCGACAUUCCAAUAUUCCUGCACAUACAUCACCUUGUUUCCGUGUUAAAGAAGGAGAUCAUGUUAUUAUUGGCCAAUGCAGGCCAAUCUCGAAGACAGUGAGGUUCAAUGUUUUAAAAGUGAUUCCAGCUGGAUCCUCUAGCGGAGCAAAGAAGGCAUUUACUGGAAUGUGAAAUUUGAAUUGUGUCAGUUUUCAUUGAAGGGUAGGGUUAGUUUGCGAGUUAGUAGAAGCUUUUGUUCAAAUGCCUCAGGGUUGUUAGUUAAUGAUCAAAUUAAUUUUUGAUAUCUUUCAAGGCUUUGCCUUGAUUUGAGUGGUUGUGUGUUAUGGAUUUUAAUAUAGAUUAUGGUUCUUAAAUAGUAGUUGCAUUUAUUUUUAUGCUUACUCUUA